AUGGCUAGAAAAUUUGAUUUGAUCAAAGAUAUAGAUGAGAAGAAAGAGACUUUGAAGCUUGCUGUGAGAGUAAAGGAUUUGUGGUUUGUUCAAAACCGUGAUACGAAUCGUCAUAUGGAGUUUAUUCUUUUGGAUCAGAAGGGAGAUAUGAUUCCUGCAAUGGUAAAAAAAGAAGAUAUAGAUUUGUGGGAAGAGAAGUUGGUUGAGGGUCAUACCUACAUAAUGCAUAAUUUUAAAAUCAUGAAGAACCAAGGACAAUUUCGUGUUUGUGACCACCCUUACAAGUUAUUGUUCAUAGGUGCAACAACUAUAAAAGAACAACCAAUUUCAAAUAUUAUUGGAGUGGUGGAUAAUGUGAGGUGUAAUCCCCAGUCCAAGAAUGUUGUAUUUCAUAUAAGGGAUUUAAGUUUUGUUGUUAUUGGGUGUACGUUCUGGGAUUCCUAUUACUUUAAAUUUAUGAGUAAUUGGAGGGGAGAACCAGUUUCCUUUGUUGUUGUUGUUAUGUUGACUCAAGCUAAGAUCAAGUCGUCUUCAGGAUGGUGGCCAGUGUCAAUAUCAAAUUCUUGGAAUGGUUCAAAGUUGUUUAUGGGUGAUGAAUGUUCUGAAUUGGUCCGGUUCAAGGAGCAAUGGAUACAGUACACAUUUCUUGAAUUACUUAGUUCUUAG